UCUCUCUCCCUCUCUGCCCCCCCUCUCCCUCCCUCUCUCUUGCUCUCUCUCUCUCUUCCCGUCUCUGUGGUUUGUAAGGUAGGUUGCAGUGUGUGUAUAUACACAACAUCAAGAGCAGGAAAAUGGACUCAUUAGGGAGGCAGGCAGUCAUUACCACUCACACUGUACUUCCAGGGAGACACCGAUUAUGAGAAGAGAAACUCAGCGCUGGGGAAGAAGUUUCUUACGUGAACUAUGUGUUACUCCUGUUACAGAGAAUGACAGGCAGUGACUACCAUUUAUUGAAUCACCCUUUGUGCUGGUAACUGAACUGUGAGAGUUUGGAUGAUCCUCCUCGGCAGCAGCGGCAGGCAUUGUUAGUUUCAAUAGGAGGCCUGGAUGCACAAGAACAGUCAUCCUAGAGAGCCAGGCUCUCGGGGUCCGUUCCUUCGCGCCACGGUGCUGUGUUAGAUCACUUUCUCCUGCUGGAUUAAUGACCAGGAAAAAAGGUCACACAAAAGAAGUGCUAAGAAUUGCCCUUUGAGACUCUGAAGGCUGAAGAGUCCCUGAUAAAUUGCAAGUCUGUCUGUGCCCCAUAGCUGCACAGACUGCCUGAAGUUACAUUUAGAGACUGAAAUCACUGCACCUUAAAAACAAAAGAUUGGGCUGCACUGCAUUCCUAAAGUUUCAUCAUCACUAACUGGAUAUUCCUCACGACGUUACUGUCUGCAGUGGCUGGCACUUUUCCUCCACGUUUUGAGAGAAAGAGAAUUGGCUGGAAUAAAACCUUGCUUUCCAUAUGGUCGACUUGAAAUACAGCAUUGAAAAGUUCCUUGACCAUCAGUCUGUGGCCUGCCUCUUCUCUUUAUAUGCAGCCGCUCUCUGUUCCCUGCCCCAAUGAACAUCUGCACUAGGCCCAAGCCUUGGAGUGACUUACCUGAAGAGUGACACCAUUUAUUUGGAAACUACUAUGAGGAAACUGAAGCCCAGAGAGGUGAAGUGAGGUGCCCAAGGCCACACAGCAAGUUAGAGGCACAGCUAGUACCAUAGCUCAAGUCUCCUGACUCCCAGUCCAGUGCUCCUCCCAUUACUCCACGGGUCCUGUCUCUAAGCUUCCUGACAAAUGCUAGAACGGAAGAAACCCAAGACAGCUGAAAACCAGAAGGCAUCUGAGGAGAAUGAGAUUACUCAGCCGGGUGGAUCCAGCGCCAAGCCGGGCCUUCCCUGCCUGAACUUUGAAGCUGUUUUGUCUCCAGACCCAGCCCUCAUCCACUCAACACAUUCACUGACAAACUCUCACGCUCACACCGGGUCAUCUGAUUGUGACAUCAGUUGCAAGGGGAUGACCGAGCGCAUUCACAGCAUCAACCUUCACAACUUCAGCAAUUCCGUGCUCGAGACCCUCAACGAGCAGCGCAACCGUGGCCACUUCUGUGACGUGACGGUACGCAUCCACGGGAGCAUGCUGCGGGCACACCGCUGCGUGCUGGCAGCCGGCAGCCCCUUCUUCCAAGAUAAGCUGCUGCUGGGCUACAGUGACAUCGAGAUCCCGUCUGUGGUGUCAGUGCAGUCGGUGCAAAAGCUCAUUGACUUCAUGUACAGCGGCGUGCUGCGCGUCUCGCAGUCAGAAGCCCUGCAGAUCCUCACGGCCGCCAGCAUCCUGCAGAUCAAAACCGUCAUCGAUGAGUGCACGCGCAUCGUGUCACAGAACGUGGGUGAUGUGUUCCCCGGGAUCCAGGACUCGGGCCAAGACACGCCGCGGGGCACUCCCGAGUCAGGCACAUCGGGCCAGAGCAGCGACACGGAGUCAGGCUACCUGCAGAGCCACCCGCAGCACAGCGUGGACAGGAUCUACUCAGCGCUCUAUGCGUGCUCCAUGCAGAACGGCAGCGGCGAGCGCUCCUUCUACAGCGGGGCGGUGGUCAGCCACCACGAGACUGCACUUGGCCUACCCCGCGACCACCACAUGGAAGACCCCAGCUGGAUCACGCGCAUCCACGAGCGUUCACAGCAGAUGGAGCGCUACCUGUCCACCACCCCUGAGACCACGCACUGCCGCAAGCAGCCCCGGCCCGUGCGCAUCCAGACCCUAGUGGGCAACAUCCACAUCAAGCAGGAGAUGGAGGACGAUUACGACUACUAUGGGCAGCAAAGGGUGCAGAUCCUGGAGCGCAACGAAUCCGAGGAGUGCACGGAAGACACCGACCAGGCCGAGGGCACCGAGAGUGAGCCCAAGGGCGAGAGCUUCGACUCGGGCGUCAGCUCCUCCAUAGGCACAGAGCCCGACUCGGUGGAGCAGCAGUUUGGGCCCGGGGCGGCGCGAGAUGGCCAGGCUGAAGCUGCCCAACCAGAGCAGGCUCCGGAAGCCCCUGCCGAGGGCGGCCCGCAGCCACACCAACUAGAGACAGGUGCCUCCUCCCCGGAAAGAAGCAACGAAGUGGACAUGGACAACACGGUCAUCACUGUCAGCAACAGCUCGGACAAGAGCGUCCUGCAGCAGCCUUCGGUCAACACGUCCAUCGGGCAGCCAUUGCCAAGCACCCAGCUCUACUUACGCCAGACAGAAACCCUCACCAGCAACUUGAGGAUGCCUCUGACCUUGACCAGCAACACGCAGGUCAUUGGCACAGCCGGCAACACCUACCUGCCGGCCCUCUUCACUACCCAGCCCGCGGGCAGUGGCCCCAAGCCUUUCCUCUUCAGCCUGCCACAGCCCCUGGCAGGCCAGCAGACCCAGUUUGUGACAGUGUCCCAGCCCGGCCUGUCGACCUUUACUGCACAGCUGCCAGCGCCACAGCCCCUGGCCCCAUCUGCCAGCCACAGCACAGCCAGCGGGCAGGGCGAAAAAAAGCCUUAUGAGUGCACUCUCUGCAACAAGACUUUCACCGCCAAACAGAACUACGUCAAGCACAUGUUCGUCCACACAGGUGAGAAGCCCCACCAAUGCAGCAUCUGUUGGCGCUCCUUCUCCUUAAAGGAUUACCUUAUCAAGCACAUGGUGACACACACGGGAGUGAGGGCAUACCAGUGUAGUAUCUGCAACAAGCGCUUCACCCAGAAGAGCUCUCUCAACGUGCACAUGCGCCUCCACCGGGGGGAGAAGUCCUAUGAGUGCUACAUCUGCAAAAAGAAGUUCUCCCACAAGACCCUCCUGGAGCGACACGUGGCCCUGCACAGUGCCAGCAACGGGACCCCUCCCGCGGGCACACCCCCAGGUGCCCGAGCUGGCCCCCCAGGCGUGGUGGCCUGCACGGAGGGGACCACUUACGUCUGCUCCGUCUGUCCAGCAAAGUUUGACCAAAUCGAGCAGUUCAACGACCACAUGAGGAUGCACGUGUCUGACGGAUAAGUAGUAUCUUUCUCUUUUUCUUAUGAACAAAACAAAACAACAAAAAAGAAACAAACAAACAAAAAAAGCUAUGGCACUAGAAUUUAAGAAAUGUUUCGGUUUCGUUUUUACUUUCUGUUUUCGUUUUCGUUUCGUUUCAUUUUGUACUACAUGAAGAACUGUUUUUUGCCUGCUGGUACAUUAAAUUUCCGGAGGCUCGGGUGAAUGGUAGUUUUCCCAGCCUCCCUCGGAUGGUGGCCUUAAGGCCUGGUAGUGCUUCAAGAGGUCCACUGGUUGGAUCUCUAGCUACUGGCCUCUAAAUACAACCCUUCUUUACAAAAAAAUCUUUAAAAAAAAAAGUAAAAAAAAAAAAAAAAAUUUUUUUUUUUCACUUGUGAAGAGCACUACAAAAAUAUAUAACAAAAUCUAAAAGGCCUACUGUCUUUAAGUACACCGCUUGCAGUGUUUCAGUGGACAUUUUCACAAUUCUGGCCGCUUGGACUUCACAGUAACCAGUCAAAACUGUGGAAUAUCACUUCUGGUUGAAAACCCAGAGGGAAGGCCCUGCAGUUUUCCACCUCCCACGUUGUCUGAUUUCAUAAAAGGGCUGUGGGGGUGGGAAGGGGCAGUGGGUUCGGAGGUGUGGGAAAGGCAAAUGGCAGGCUUGUCCCCCAGGUUCUGCUUGGGUCCACACACCCUGGCCCACCUCCUCCAUAUCCCCCCUUUCAGCAGAAGCCAGGAAGACUUGGACAAGCAUCAAGCAACAGUGGCUAUCGUAUUUAUUCAGUGUCUUCGCUGAGCCACCGCCUCAGCACAAUCAAGAGGGACUUUCAUGAAAGGCAGGAAUGCAGAUAAAAUAAAGAUAUCAGAGGUUUGCACCUGUGUUUCUAGGUACAAGAGAAGGAUUAUUUCCAACAAUCUUUGCAAAAAACAAACAAACAAAAAAGUGUCAGGAUAUAUUCUUGUGGAAGAGAAAAAGAAAGAGAAAUGGAGGGUGGGGGGAAUAAUAAAAAGUUCUUGAGGCUUUUUUAAUUCAAAAUUUUAUAGAGGGGCAAAAGUGACGUUUACCAGAUAGAAUGCUGAUUUUUUUAAUAUAUUUACGACAGUAUUUGUGUAAAAAAAAAAACAAAAAAAAGUGAGAUUGUUAAAAGUAAUUUUUUUUUCUUCAUCUUGGUUUUACAUACACUGCCACCGAUCCCUUCUCUUUUAUUUUAUUUCACACACGUAUAUAUAUUUUUUGGUAAGUCAAGACUGUUAAGGUUAGCGAUACUGCUUCCAGGUAGAAAGAAUAAAAAGGCAACUAAAGUUAUAUUUGAAAGAGAGGAAGGAUAUUUUCUUCAUAUUUUUUUUAAUUUUUCUUAAUUUUUAUUAUUUUAAGUAUUGCCUGGGUUGAUGAGGGCCGCUGUGGCCAGCCCAUCCCUGCUGUAAUUUGAACUGCUGCUUGUAUUUUGAUAUGUAGUUCUUUGACUUUUAGCAAGCUUAAGUUGCUCCACUGAAUAUUUUUUUCAACUGAUCCAUCUAGAAUUCUGUUCUUUUUCGUGGGAGGGACUUUGUCUUUUAGAAACAGAUUUCUUGCUUCUCUGAAAGUUCAUGAGAUCUUAUGAGUCUAGAAUUUCUGUUGACUUUACUUUUUUUCUUUGAUGAAACACUAGUAGUCCGGAGGUCUUGACCGAUGGAUUCUUUCCUUUUGUGGUCAGCUGGGAGGAGGGGUUCACAAAACUCUGCCAUACCUCCACUCCCGUCACAACUACAGAGAGCAGCGUUAGCAGAAGCCUGUUACAGAUCAGGAUGCCUUGAUGCCAAAAUUACUUUCUUCCGUUCAGAUAUCACCUUCUGACUAUUUCUACCAUGGUUGAGAGGGCUAAAUAAGAUGAUCAUUCUUUAGAUGAUUUAUUAAUCCUUGCUUUUUGGAAAGGUUUCAAAGAAAUUAACGAAAAUUUCCCAGAUGCCAACAUCCAUCUUUCAAAAGACGGCCAAUCCAUUGCAUCAUCCUAGAUGCCACUCUCUCUUCCUAGUUGGAAUUUCUCUCCUCGGUCCUGAUCAAGGUAUCGUAAUAGAGAUUUUUCCAUUAGAGACAGUGUCUUGAAGGGAUUCCAACUCAAAUAUAGGAAUUCUUAAACCUAAUGAAAACUCCCAAGGUGAUUUCAUUGCUGGGCAGAUUUUAACACACUUCAGGGGAAAAGUAAAUCUUUAAAUAAAGCAGAAACACCAAACUGCAAUUUAAAAGAAAAAGUAAAGAGAGUAUUUUAGUUUCAAAAUUACUUUGCAUUUUAAUUUAAUUUUCAUGUCAGCAACUUAUUUACAAAAACUGGGCAACAAAUGAGGAGAAAUCUUCCGAGGGAAGCAACUCUGGUAACUACAUUGGUUUUACUCAUACCUUUUAGACUGGUUCACUUGAGUAUUUUCCUUAAGUUCUUGGUGAUGUUCAGUAGGGUUAGUGCAACUGGAAUGUGUGUGAGUUCGAUUCAGUCCCAUGGUCCUUAAUUCAGUAAAUAUUUUGCUAGAAGUUUUAAUGUAGACUUGGAUGGUUAACUGCCUAUUGAGUAUUGCCCAUCGUGUUUUCUAAGAAGAGAGCCCUGUCAAGAACUAUGUGUCCAAAAUUGACCUGUUUUAAAAGAUAGUGAGAAACAGCUUCAGAAAUAAGAAAAAGUCCAUUUUUCUCUUGCUAAUUUUGCUUUUUAAAAUACCGGUGUUGUAAAACUCUAAUAUUUCCACUUACCACCAACAGAGGGAGCAUCAGUUAAUUAACCAUGUCAUGGAAUUGUUUUGAUAUUUUGAAGUCAUUCAACCCAUGCUAUAAAAAAGAAAAAAUUGACAUUAAGAAAAAAGUUUUUUUAAUCUAGAGGAAAAUGACAUGAAAUCACUCAGCAUAUGUUACAAACGUAAGAAGGCCAAAAGCCCCUUUAAAAUAUUUUAAAUUAUUUGACAGUGGCUAUUUUAAAAUAGUGUCCUUAUUGAAACCUUACCAAAGUAGAUAGAAUUUAUAGUACCUCCAGAAAAGUUGUUCUUGGGUUCCGUUAUGGGCCACAUUUAGCUAUCUGCUUCUCAAAUCUGAGGGAGACUCAUUUGCCUUAAUGCUGAUUUGCCACAUAAAAAGUUAAGCAAUUGGGUUCAAAUCCACAUUUUGUUAUAGAACACGUAAGGGUAAAAAUUCCACUUUGGUUUGAAAUCCUAUUUAUCUUUUCCCUUUAAAUGAAGUAUCUCUUUUUUGAAAAUGUUGGAGGAUUCCCAAAGAAUUCUUGGUGAGGUGAUAUAAUCAUUACAACAACAUGGACUAUCCAGCUUUGUGUAGCCUAGACUUUUUCUUACUGUAUGUCUAUUCCUCCCAAACAUCUCAUAGUCUAAAGUAGUUGACAGAUGGUUCUCUGGAGAGAGGGAAGAAGCUGAAUUGGAGUGAAGACCUAAUCUGGGGAGUGAUGAACUUGCUGCGGGGCCAUUACUAUAUGUUCUGGUCUCUGAAAGGAUUGCUUUCCAAAAUGCCCUACGUUUUAGAAAAGAAACCAAUCUGUACCUAUUUUAAGUGGGUAGAUAUGCUUUUAAAUUGUCAAUCCUUACUUUUAAAUUAAAUAUUCACCAACAUCUUGGGAAGUAGGCAAACAUAUUUUGCUUUAAGAAUAGAGGAUGAGCACAGAUCCUUUUAUGUUUUGGUUUCAAAUCCAACAAUCUUCUUACAUUUAAAACUUCAUGCUAGGAUGCUAUGAGUACUAACAAAAGUUUUUUUCAGUAGCCAGGGAGGAAAAGGAUAGAUAAAAUGGAAGCCAGUGUUCCAGAUUUAAGACCUUUUAGGAUGAGUACAGGGAACGGGAACUGGUAUGGAAAAGAACAUUUUUCUUCAGCAAUUUAUGAUGUAAAACUGGAUUAGCUGAACAAGGGAAAGGAACAAGUCAAAGGGGGAUAUUUAUCUCAAAACACUUAGAUACGAUUUCUGAAGAAUAAAAUUUCCUAGCACUAAAAACAUUGGUAGUAUAUUGCAGAGUGGGCAAUUUUCCCCCCUAUUAAUAUGAUGAAUGCCAGUAUUUGUACCCAAAAAAACCCUAAAUGUGUAAAAUAUAGCCCUAAAAAAGCAAGGACUUGGAACACAUGGAUCUGAUACAAAUCUACACAUGGGAAAAGAUUAAGAAACAAGCCAGGAAAAAAGAAAUCUGAAAUGAAAGUCUCUAUAGCAAAAUGGUUUUUACUAUAUAUUUUAAUUGAGUUGUAAACUUUAGCUCCUAAUAACAGUUUUAUGGACCUUUGCCUCCCCAUGUUCCUAAGGCUCUGAACCUGUUGUGCCAUGAGUAAGUGCGGCGGAUAAGUUCCUACUCAGCUUCCAGCUGCGGUCCAUUCCCUCUUCCUAGGCAUCUUGGAGGUCACCAUACUUCCUGGCCUUAGAAAGAAAGACUUGGAUUUGCUUUGUUUAAAAGUCUUAGGGGUUUUAUUUUGUAUCAUCCCAAUAUUCUGUAAGGACCAAGAAAACCCUUUUCAAUCCAUGAACAUUUAGAAUUUGUACAUUCUGAUGUGAAAAGAGAAAAGAUUUUUCUCUGGGUGUGUUUGUUUCUCGUUAAGUCCUAAUGCCUUGACCCACACGGACUUCCAUCCUACAAGCACUCCAGCAGUAUGUGCCCAGCCCAUGCCCCAAAUCAGUGUUUUCCUUAGCACAGAAAUUGAAAAUGAGGUGUGCCCCUGAAGAUUUUAAUCCCUCUGAUCCCAGAGAGAACAUAAUAAAGGUCCAGGCUUCUUCCUCGUUUUGACUCCUCCAUCAUGCUCCCAACACCUGUUGCCCUUAGGAAAGCGGGCAAUGAGGUAGAUUGGCCAAGAUUCACACUAGAGAUGCCCGUUCUGGAGCCUUCCUCGGUGGUUAUAGAUGUUAUUUAAUUAGUUGUGGUUCUGCAGCAAACGUAACCAAAUCAGGUCUGCCUCUGCUGUAGCUGGUGUGCUGCCGCCGCACAAAGAAACAAGACGAAGGUGUGGUGUAAGAGCACACACAACCCGAGAUGCCCUCAGGACUUAGCAGAAGGAGAGGGUGCCCUUUCUGUUGUGACCUGACUCUUAAAUGAAAUCUUCUGAAAGAAUUCUUUUAGUAAUGAGUUGAAGUCCAGGGUCAUGGAAGCCGUGGAGAAGAGAACAAAAGGAUCACAAAAUACAUUCAGCACCCAAGAAUGCGAAACCAAAAAACAUCCAAUCGCAAAACUAGGAAGUUUGGCAAGGGGUAUUUAGCGAAAUCUCUGGGCUUUUCCAUGGGUAGGAUCGACAGACUUUCUUUUGAAUGAUUUCUGGCUCUGAGAAACCUCUUUACUCACUAGAAAAGAACUUUAUUUAAAUGGCCAAUUUUGUCCCCCAGAAAAAGAAAUUAAAAAAAGAAAAGAAAAAUAGGACACUAAAGACAGAACCAUGUGACUUGGUGACAAACAAAAGGAAGGGCGCACUGGAAUUUCAAUAGACUCCCUAAUUCCAUAGAAAAAGCAAGGCAACCCAAUGCCUCUCCAUCUGCGUUGCAUGAAGAGAGUGCUUGAGCUGAACCCCGGGGCUUUCUGGGGCUGGACAGAACUUCUCGGUUGGGACUCAGCCUCUUUCUCCUCUAUGUGUUUUCAUGAAGAAAAGAGCUGUUCUCUUGGGUGCCCAGGAAAUUAAUUACAUGGGGCAAAGUUUCAAAAGCAAUCUCUGCCCUGGUGCUCAGGCUGCAUAUGGAGGCAGAAGAGCCCUUGUUCUAGAGAGAGAAUAUUUUCACAUUCCCAAGGGCUCUCUGUGGAGCUGCCAUUUCUGAUACUGCUUAAACCUCCGCAAGAGGAAAAGCUGUGGUGACUCAGUGUUCCAGUAAACGCAGAAUGUGGAAAUUACGAACCCAAACCAUCAUUUCUAGCACUAGGUCUGAAGAUGAUCAGCCUGGCUAAAAUACCCUAAAGGUUUUUCUAAAUUUCUGAAUAUUUUUUCUUCCUUGAACACUGAAUCCAUAGCAGUCAGCGGUGUGCAUUAACAGAUCCCAGAAAAUGACGUGGAACACUAGGGUUUAAUUUGAUUUUUUUAGGAUGAAGAGGUAGAAGAUGAGGACUGUGGAGCAUGGGUUCUUUUUCAGAACUCUGUUUCACUGAGCGAGGGCUAAAAUUGCCCUGGGUUGACACAAGAAGCCUUGUCUUUCUGCACCACUGACUGACUGAGACACCUGGAUGGCAGUGGUUUCUUCAGGCCUAGCCUGUUGCUUCAUAAACUAAACACUUUCAGACUAAAAACUAAUCUGAAGCGACCUCAUCAGAUCUUUUCACAAGAAGGCACUUAGAAUAAAGAAUUAUUGCCUUAAAUCAGAGAGCCCAGGGAAGAGGACAGAGAUAUAGAAAUUGGAAGGGUGUGAAGACAUGAACAGUUUUUGCUUUUUAAUGGUUGCAUUAUCACAAAAAUGACUAUUCAUGACUGAGGAUUAUGGAAACAGUGACUUUUGGGGGAGGUGCCAAACGUACCCGGAACUGGCUGCUGUCAGGAAGUGGCUGCUAUUUCCUGUCUAUUCUAUUUCAGUGAUGUAGAUCUGGGCUGAGUGUAAAACAGACAUCAUAUUAGCUAAGUAGCGAAUCCCAUAAGACAUGAUCACAGGCGCCUGGAUGCCAGUUCUAAACGUUUCCUUGGCAGGGAGGACAAUCUCAACAAAAAGCUUUCUUUCCCUAUACAGUGUAUAUCUCAACUGUUUUUCUCUCAGUUUUAGACAGCAUCUGGCUUAUCUGAUGGUUCUUUGUUUAAAUGCAAACUCACAACUUUCGAGUCUUCACAGAAGCAGCAUAAUCUGCAGAUCACAGGGAAAAUCUAGCUACAGUUAUGGGAGUCCUAACUUUUGAGAUAAUUAGGGUGUAAAAAGUCCCUACUAGCCCUCUUUCAAAUUCAGAGGUUUUUUUGAUUCAAAAUGCCUCAAUGAGAUUCUGAUACAACCAAGAUAGAAAAAAAAAAGAAAAAUUAACCCCAUAGGAGACAUCUGCUUCUAUUCCUGUUGCACCAGAAGUUUCUUAUUGCCCAGCAAAACCAUUACAAUUUGUAUGUAGAUUCUAGUAAUGAAAGGGACUUAACCCAUCUAAUAUGUCAUAGCUGCUGUCCAAAGUGUCUGUAAAUGAGUAUACAUUAGGCAUAUACACGCGCAGUGUGAGGUGCUCUCGGUACAAAACUGUUCCACGUUCAUCUUCCCCAGUGACAAAAAGAUAGAUGCUGGGAUUUCUGGUCAGUCAAAGGUCUCCCGUAACUCACAUAUCUGCCCCUGCUCUGUUGCCUUAGUUGGGUGCAUCACUGCCAUCUGCUAUCUGUGAGGAGGCCGUAGGGCAUUCUGAAGGAGCCCGACCAUCAAUAAUCUCUAUGUAUCCCUUUCAUGAGAAACUUGAAUAUGCUUGUGUGUAGUAGAGGGCACUUAAACUCUGCACUUCAAUUGGAUUUACUGACGUGUGUCUGUGCGUGGACACUUGUAGUCUGGGAGUGUGUGUGCUUCUCAAACAAAGCACACACACGCAUAGGUCCUGGUGCAGAGAUACAGUUGUCUCUUCCCACCAUCGUGCUCAAGACUUGUGGCUCCCUUCCCGGGAAGCAGUCACCUGCCCACUCUGUUGCUUUUUGUGGCGUUUCAGAGUUGGGAGAAACAAAAGCAGCUUGUUGGACCCACAGCAAACCCACAGUGACAGGCUGUCUUCCUCCAGAAGAAGGCAGAGCAGACGUAUUCAACUGGGGAGCAGACCAGGGAGAGCAGCAAUCUGGGUCACCUCACCAGGUCUCCCGGGUGAAGUGGGCACCCAGGCCAGGCAGGCAAGGCCAGUACAAAUCUUGGCCGGUGUUCUCCAUGCUCCAUUCCUUUCCUCUAUGCAACCCAGUGUGCAUGCAAACACCCACCCACUUGUAAAUGUUACUCCCAAACGAAAGCUUCCUCAUCCUGCCUGCAUCUGCAGGACAUCAUCCUAAUUCAGUAACCGUGUCUCCUGACACCAAUGUGGCCUUUGCCGAAGUCUUUCCAGGAGUGAGUUGUUUACCAUGUCUAGCAAACCAAUAGACUCUCGGGGCGAUACUUUUUGGCAAUCUCUAGGAAUUGAUGGCUCUUGCUCAUCUCGAACGUUAAGGCAGGAUGCCACUCUAGUGCACUAUUCUGAAAGAAUGGACCUGGCUCUCGUAGCUGACUUUGAAGGGUGGCCUGGAAACAGUCGGAUUCAGUUUUCUCUCUCCCUUGCCCUUCUUUUGCUAGAUGGUUUGUUAUUUUUUAUGACAGUUAGAUUAUUUCUGCUAAUUUACAGAAUUCAGAGGACAUUUUCUUUCCUCUUCUAUUUUGGUGAUUUCUCCCCUCCCUCGUUAAGUAAGGCUACUUACAGUUGCAAUCUUUUUGUUGUUAUUAUUUUUAAAAAUGUAUAUUGUCUUUCUAUAUCCAAAAGAAGUCUGUGACUGUAACCAUAGGUAUUUCUUUUUACUGGAAAAAAAUGAGCUGUUUUUUUUUAUUAACAGUACUAGUGACUGUGGAAGAAUAUGAGUUACAAUUUAGGUAUGCUUACUUAAGUACAAUACACUACAUUGCAGUAUUUCUGAAACCUAGAACAUACACAUUAUAUAUAACAACUCUAUAUUGAAAUAUAUAUUACAUUAUAUUCAUUUUAACUUUUGAAUCUGCCUAUGAUCAUGAGUUGAUUGAAACAUUGUUUCUUUGCAUUUAUCACCCGUCACCAACCUGCUGCAGUUAACCUGGUGCAUUUAGUACUAAUCAUUACUGCUCUAGCUUGCUUUUUAUAUUAUCAGCUUCGGUAUUGUCUUUACAGGAUUUUAGAUUUUUUUUUUUUUUAAGCUCAGACUUAGCAAAUGUAGGAAAGUGAAAACUUUUUUUAAGAAAACUUUUUUUUGGUGUGGCUGAUACAAAGAGGUUCAUGUUCAAAGUGAUUUUGUUUAGCUGACCCUCUCGAUAUCUGAAGAACAAAAGAAGUGCAUAUGAAUGUAUCUGUGAUUUUCCCCUCUAGGACUGUCACUGUCUAUAUUUGCUUUUAAAAAUAUGACCAGGGGGCCGCUUAACCUCCAUAUGAUCUGACCAACAAUUGCAGGCUGCAUUUCGGAGGGCUGCUCACCUGAGAAGCACAAAGCAGCGAAAUGCCUAGUUGUCCCAACUGUGUUUUCAAACAUUGAUUUUUUAAAAUUCUGAUUCUUUACUGACUACUUUGUUUUCAGUAUACUCAUAAUUAUUUUAGCUAGUCUUCGAUGCUUCCCUGGAGGCAGCAAUAUGGUGUUCAUUUUCCUAGGAGGUUUUUUUGUUAAUAAAACCAGAAUUUGAGGAACUUUCUCAUGACAGAAGUUGAUAGAAAUAGAACUCAGAAAUAUUUAUCUCAUUUUUUAUCUCAUUUUUAAGUCUACAGAAUCCAUAAAAUGGCGGCUCUUGGGUAUCCGGCCCUCAGUAUCUCCAUUUGUCUGUUCAAGUGGGGAUUUGGUGCCUUUCUUCUUCACCAGGCCAUCAUGGAACCUUCAGAAAUUAGGCAUCCUGUCUUCCUAACAAGAAAUACUUCAGCUAGUAUUUUCAGAUAGAGAGCUUCUUCAGCUUCCCUCAACUACUCAACCCAAUGCCUGGAAAACCCCACAGCUGGAUAAACUUUACAUCUAUCCUGGGUGCCUGAAACCAGUCUCGUUCCAUCGGUUCUGCAUUCAGGGCAAAAUGGAAAUAGCUGUUCUUAAUACCUAGUGUGAAACCCCUUCCCACACUGGACCAGCGUCGUCUUCUCAGUGUGAAUAACACCCAUUCCUUCCCUUCAUCUUUCCUAAUAGAUUUUUAUUUUUGACUCCCAUCCCUGUCUGCCAUGCCCUUCCACAAGUCUUUCCCCACCCCCCUUAGCCAAGCUCCCCUCCAUGCCCUCCUCCUGUGAAGCCUGGUACUCAGCAAGCAACUACCUACUCUAGUCUACUUUGAAGAGGCUCAUAGACAGUCUAAUAGCAAGAUUAUCAAUCUCUUUCUCCAAAGUUUUCAACUAAAUAUGUAUCUACUAAAUGAACAUAAUCGUGAAUUGAGAGUUAGUGAGGCUUUUCCUUUUCCAAUGAUCACAUCAUACCCGAAUUUUAUCAACUUCGUUAUUUUCCUUUUCCUAAUCCUUUCUCUUUAUCUCUUGUUUCUCUUUAAGACUAUUUUAAAUUACCUCUUCUUCUCAUUACUGCCCAAAGAACUCUCAUAAUGAUGACCCCUGAGUGCUCAUUUCCCUUCCUUCCCCCACCCCAUUCUGAAUGUUCCUCUUUAAGCUUUAUGUAGUUACAGAGCGUUGACGUGAGUGAGUCCAGCAACUUGAGACUCAUAGGCAGAGUGAAGCGUAUCCUCACUGUACCUUCAGAUUUUAAAAGUUAUCAAUAUUCUUUUGAGAGUGGGAGGACCUGAGUCACAAUUGUAAAUGUCAGCUGUACUAGCUGAGGUCAUUAAUUCCUUUCACCUUCACGUCUGGCCAAAGAUAAAGAGAAAAAUAUUUUCUGGGUUUUUUUUUUUCUUUAAAUACCAUAGUGGUUAAAUUCCUGAGAUGAGUAGACAAUUUCUGAGGGAGGAAAAAAAAUCAUCAAUCUUGACUAUUUCAACUCCUGCUAAUAUUUAGCCAAAUGACAUGGUAUGUACUAGAUGCUAGAUUUACAGAAAUCUAACAUAAGGGGUAACAUUUCAAAAUAGUUUUGAUAACUGCUCAAGCCUUAGUGAGCUCUGCUGAAACAAGUAAAGCCACUUGAACUCAAACACAAUGUAAGAGACAAUUAGGAAGAAUUUUUUUUUAUUUAUCUUUUUGAAAAAUUGUUGAUUAGUUUAGAACUUUGAGCAGUAAUUUACUAAAGGAUGAAAAGAUCCAUAAAGUUUUUAAAGUGUCUAUUUUGCAACCAGCUAUUUUUUAAACAUAAACUUAAUAUAUGUUUAAAUGAAAUAAUAAUAAGGAUGAAUAGAUACUUGAAGUGUCCUAUAUACAUUCCCCAGUACCUAAAUACUCACCAUAUCAUUUGGUCAUCAUGCUGGAUCUCAUUCCAAUGAGUUGCAACUGUCUGGUCACCAGAGCAUUGCCCAAAAGACCACUACUAUUCUGGAUCUGUCCCUUUACGGGAUGUGCAUAAUGAUAUCUUCACAACAACUCUGUAACACAGGCUUCUCUGACUUCCAGUCCAACACUCUUGCCAUGAUACCGCAUUGCCUCUGGUCUCUUAUGAAGACAAAGUCUGUGACAUUUACAGUACUACCUGGUUUUGAGCGUGCAGGGAUGUGCUUCCACUUCUUGCUUUACCCAUUGACAAACAGAAUCAACAUUUGACAUCAGAAAUGUAUUCCCAUUUGACUUGAGGCUUGACCCAGCUUUUGUCUUAAGCAGACCAGUUUAUACCAUCAACUCACACCAUAGAGAGCAAUGAAAUAAAGAGAAGCUUCAAAAGCCUUGCUGAGUCCCACAUCUAGCAGGGAACCAACAAUUUGUAAAGCCAGCGUUUAUGUUGCUUAAGACUGUGAUCUUCACUUGGCUUACUCUCCCAGUCAAUCCUGUCUCCUGCUCUUCCUUUGUCCAUUCUGACUCCCUCUAUCUUUCUUUAAAGUACUCUUCAUCUAAAGUACUCUUCUCCUCAGCCAUUGGCUUCUGCAAGAAUAAACGACUCUCUUUUAAGUCCUAAAUACUAUCAUCUAUAGUAUAAUGUGGAGUAGGAGAGGGCCUGAUUCUGCUAGGUCCCAUUUGGUCCAGUUAAUCAUGAGGAUUUCUCCAGGAUGCCUUCUUGACAUUGUUCCUUCUAGUUCUCCAAGAAGGCUUCUAACCCUGAGACCCAAAAUUUCUCACCACAACCUCUAUAUUAGUCUAGACGAAUGUCUAAAUCCUGUUUAAUAUUCUAGAGACUCCAGGGUCUGAAUUUCUUGUUAUUUAUGAGCCUCCUGCUUUUCCAGGCCGACACCUGUCAGGAGCACCAAUAGCCCUAACAGUAACUAAUGCAGCAAAAUAAUGGUCAGAAACAUAGUAUGUAUUUGGGAGGAUAGGAAUGGAUUUCUUUCUUCUUUUCUCCAUAAAAAGCUUGCUUCCCCCACCCCCACCACACUGCAUUUCAGAAAGUCUGCAUCUCAUUUUACAGAUAUAUAGUUUUAGGAUUUGCAAAUAUAGUUUAGGAAAUGUUCUGAGAUUGAGGCUGGUGACAACCCAGCUUAUUUUCUGCACUGGACUUUAGGACAAGUGUGCACAGAUGCAAUUCCUUCAAAGAAAGUGAAACUAACAUAGUAAAGCAAAGGGAUAAUACUUUUACACAUUAAAACAGUUGUUUGCUAUCUGUAAACCUUGGUUUAAGCGUAAUUAUUAAUUUUUAGAAACCUGAAACUGGAGGAAUGUGUAUUUUAGUAAAGUUUGUUUGUUCAUUUGUUUGUUCUUUAUCUCUUUCUUCUCAAAAUAGUCAAAGAUUUUGAUUUUUUAAUUUGAUACUGUCCAUGGCCAUAGGCAUCAGUCAAAUGACUGCCCACCCUGACGUACUCGUUUCCUUCUUAGAAUGAACGCCUUCUGUUAUGCCAUUAAUGAGUCUCUUCUCUAUGAAAAUUGUAUCUUCCUUUUAUAGUAGCACUUGAGUUUUGAGGAGACAAAUUCUCUCUGCACUUUGAGGGUAGAAUAGUUAAAGUAAAAACUAUUCCUUGAGAAAGAAACUCCAUUUACCUAAACUAUCAGCUCUGGGGCCAAAGAAUGGAGAAUUGAUUGCAGCUGAAGGUCAUGCAUUUUACACUACAGAUCUCUAUUGCCUCCUCAAAUUUCUGGAAUGAGGCUGGGAAUAAAUUAGUUUAAUGAAAAUUCUCUUCGGAUGUUUCUUAGUAUCUGGUGCAGAAUACCUAGAAUAGAAAAAGAAUGGAUGCUACUAAUAUGCCAUAAUCAAUCGAUCUAUAGAUUUUUAUAAUUGUUCAGAUUUCUAUUCAUUUCAAAAUGGUGUGUGUUCAUGAAGUCUUAAAUAGAGAAACAUCCAUUUCUCCAUUACUUCUCAUCUCCCCCACCUGGUGCUGGAGGUGAUGGUCGCAGAGGGAGAGUGGCACUACAUUACCAGCACCAUCCAUACCCCACCACCACAAAAGAAGGAAAAACCAAAUUAGAAACGUUUUAAAUAAAAAGAAGUUGUAGUGCUUCCUUUGAAUGUAUACUAUUUUCAAUUCAAUUUACAGAUAGCCUGCCUUUUUCUAACCUGCCUUUUGUGCUAUAAUUUGCAUUCUUAGCUCAACCUUUAAAAUAAUUGAUUUCAAUUAAGUGAACAGAGAAAAAGCAAAGGUGCGGGGUGGGGACACAGGGCAUUGUGAUGGAAUUAAAUCUGAUGCAGUUCUGGCUUCCUAAAGCCAGUUCUUAGCGUUCCCAGGGAAAGUUAACACCACUCACUCUCUGUCAUUCUUGCCAAUCUCUCCUAUUAGAGUCCUAAGAAUUAGUGAGAUAACCUCACUUCUUCUUGAUUUAAGACUUCUCUUAAUACUAUCAAACCCGUGUAGAGAAAUUGUAGACACCCUUGACUGCUCCUCUACCUAAUCUGUUCUCCAGGGCAUAUGCAGAGAGAGAACUCAAAACAAAAUAAUGGUUCCAAUUUGAUAGAAGAGUUAGACAUAGUCUCAAGUGCUCUGUGUGUGUUCACUGCCAGUGGGUUCUUAAAAAUAAGGCUAUUUACUCUGCUCCUGCUCUCCUUGGGAUAACCUUUGGUUUGGAGCCAUCCGUAUGUAGACUUGUGAGGAGAAAAUUCUCCAAGGCAUUCUCAGCAGUGGGACCCCUUCCUCAGUCCCAUUGAUCUGAGCCUCAGUUUCCCUGAGGGAUCUAUUGAGAUAGAAAAUAAGGGUAACUUUCACAUAUCUAAUUAAAAUUAUUUUUUGCACUAUUGUUGAGAGAAUGGUGAUUUCAGAGUCAAUGUUAGCAGUCUCUGAAUAAUCCUCAUCGUGGCAAGCAAAGGCAAGAAGUUGAUGGUAUAGGGAAAAUCUCUGGUAACUUGAUGUUUUAAAGUCAUUUGAAUGUGCUGACCCCACUAUGCCAAACACCUUUGCUUUUAUAAACUAUUCUAAACCACACAUUGAUUCUCCUGAGACUUCCAGCGUGCAGGUGUGGGUGUGAGCAGACAUGCAGACUUAGAUUUGGAGAGUCGAGAUCCGGACAAACUGAACAGACGGAUUCUUGAGGAUUAUCAAAUGCAAAGCAUUUCUCCAGAAUCAUUCAGUACUUCCAUAUCCCAAACUAAUUCUAGGUUAAUCUUAAGCGAGAAGUAAGCUCCAAAAGAUAUUCUACUAUGAAUGUUUUUUCUUACAGAAUAAUACAAGAAGAGGUACAAUGCAGACUCUUAAUUUUGGUGUAAUAAUUCACUUUUAUAUUUAAUAAUUGUACUUUUUGUGUGAAUGUGUCAUUGAGUUAUUUGUACCAAUUUUCAAUCUACCAUCCUGAGAGGGGCCUUGAGAAUUUCUGUGUAUGUGUAUGUAGAUGUGUAUUUAUGUUUAGUCAGAAAAAAAAAGUGGAUAGGAGAGAAAUGAGGUGAGGGGGAAGGGAGUCAAUGUGAAAAAGCGAGAGCUCCUAGUGUCCCUAUUUAUGUUAGGUAAGGUGGCGGCUGCCUGAGGCCCUCGAGGAAUAGCUAAUUGCACUAUUCAGAAAUAAGAGCCCAGCACUGUUAAAUUUAGGACUGUGUUUGGGGAAACAGGAAGCUUUAUCUUUUUCUGUACCCAUUCCCUUUAGCAUCGGAGCCAUUUGACAUGAUGAAAACCUUUCAGUAAAAACCACUACUGACUUUUGCAUUAAAUAACUAUCUUCCUCUUCUAAAUACUACCCCUGGUUUCAACUCAACUACUUCCCUGUAUUUUCUGCCCAUUGGCUUAACAUUUUCCAGAAUAAUACAUAGGUGCAUGCUAGUCGUUUCUCUCCUUUGAGCUGAAACAAACAGGGGCAACAAAAGAGAUGACUCACGGAAAGUGAGCGAAAGACUGAAUUUCCCACUUUUGUGGCACUGGUAACCUUUAGUAAGAGCUGUUUAGGGUUGAGCUUGGGUCUGCAAUAGGGCUUUUUUUUUUUUUUUUUUUUUGCACUAAGUAUGACUGCACUGCAUUGCACUACUGAAAUGUAUUUACUUGUGCUGGGAGAGAGUGUGUGAGUUAUGGGAAAGAAAGAAGCAAGUUAUGAAACUAGAAGCAUCGCAAAAAUGGAGGGUUAAUUCCAUCAUGCUUGGUCUUAGCAGGGUUGGUGGGAAUCGUGGAAUCUGCCAACUCUUAAUCAAGCCUAGAAACUGCCAUGCUGACAGGAUCUGUUUUCUUAUUAUAAAGAACCUGGGUUAGUACAGUAAAUAGAAAACUUUUUAGAAGUUUGCUCAAUGUUGUCUCCAAGUAAGCUUUUGGUAAGAGCUGCAAUGGUGAGGAAGCCAACCGAGGUGACAUGGCAGUCUUUGCCUUGGCCUACACCACAAAGCCCUUGCUGAUGCACAUUCCGAUGUGGCAGAGGACAGUGGUAUGUCCUCCUCUCAAAAAAACGUAAUCUUGUCCAUAUUGGAGAUACCCUUUCAGCCUGAGCAUGCUUCUCCAUCCCUGGCUGAAACCUAGAUCAGGCUAACCAAAGAGGAAGGCCAUGCAUGUGGUGAAAUCCUUUAAGAUGACAGUAAGGGAACAGUGCAAUAAACACUGAAAACCAGUGAGGUGAAAGGUUUAUUUUGAAACAAGCUAGACCAACUUUGAAAUUGGAGGAAGCAUUGGAAGAUUGAUCAGAACCUACUUAGUAGCUGCUCCAUCAUAGACUAUCCUUUAUCAAGCAGAAGACCUUAACAGUGCCUAAAAGUUUAGUUCUGAGGUUGUUGGAUUUUUUCCAAUUUUCCUUUUUGGAUUCACUUUUAUUGCCCUUUUUAAUUUUAGAAGUAAUUAGAGUUUGACAGCUCUUUAGUGAUUAUUCAUAAAAGAAUAGUUGCACCACAGGAAAAGCAAUAGAUUGUAUAGGGAAUAAUCACACAAGAGUGAAGAUGCUGAAGGACACUUUCAGAAUCCAGGGUGACAGCUUUGAAGAUUCUGGUUCAGUUGGAAAGGGUCACAACCCAUGUAAAUGGCUAAUGUUGAAUUUCUCUGAACACUAUCUCAUGUGGAGGCUCUUGGAAAACUCUCAGUUGAGGCCUCUUUCCUAAGAUUACGACAUUGAUUCCUAUCUCUUUCUCUCUCCUCCUUAGCAUCCAUCCAAGUCUACUAUUUCAAGUUAAAAAUUUUUUAAGGAAGCUGUCAGCCUUGGUAGUCAGAAAAACCCCAUUUAAAGCUUUUGGAACUAACAUAAGCAAUCCUUUAAGCACUCAAAGCAUUAUCUUCGUUUUAAAUAAGAAACUCUAAAUUCAAAGCUCUUAACAGGUACUUAGAGAUGUGCAUUGGGUAAGCACUAAGAGGGUGUUGACUGCACCAAACCAAAGUUACAGAAAGGAAUAAUUGACCUUUUAAAAUAUAUUCACAUUAACUCUCCUAGAAUACUUCUCUUGAGGUUUUGGGAAAACAACUUCUUCCUUGAAACUUGCAUACCCACUCCAGUUUUGUCACCAAAGAUUUUAGUCUCAUGAGCCCAACUUGCUCUCUCCCGGAUGAAAGUAAUACAGCAGGCUCAAGGGAUCUGUUUGAAUUCAUUUUUUCACAGUGAUAUUUACAGGAGACUGGUUAUUAGAGGAGCUACUGAACUGUCUUUAUGGCUAAGGGUUUGGUCAGAGGUUCAAAAAAUAGGAAAAAAGUAUACAAUAGUACUUGACACUGUAAACUAGUCUUCAGUUGAGUCAUGACCUGGAGACUGAUGGAGAGAAAGAAACUUCCAUGGAAGAGAGUGAGCUCAAUCAUUUAGAACCAAACAAGGAUCACUGGUGAAACGUGGGGCAACAUGGACGCGGAGCAGAUCGGUGCUCUGCAUGGCCAGAACCAGCAGCAGUGGCCAGUGGGGGUGUCAGAAAACUGGCCAGUGAAUUCCAGUACUGAAAAAGCCACAGUCUGGGUCUCGUUGUGGUCCCUCGAGUGGUUAAAAUGUCCAUGCCCAUGCCCAGGAAAAUGCUCGAGGCUGAUCUGUUUUGAUAGUGCCUUCCUUGUUGUAGCGAGUAUUAGAUUAAUCAUUUGUUCGGUUAUGCUUUGCUGGACCAUUGCCCUCAGUCUUCUGAGGAGGUCUCAAGGGAUAGUAUUCAGUUAGGAUGAAGGAAUAGGAUAUUGCUCCUGGAAUGCUGUGAUUUGAUGAUAUUUGCACUAGAUUCUAUACUUUAAACUGGAGCAACUGAAUGAGAGAAAAACCAAGGAUGGUUUGAAGUUAAAAGAAACCAAAAGCAGUAUUUUCUGACUGAUGUCAUUCUUUUUCUUCUUCUUCUUCUUCUUUUUCUAGAAGAAAACUUCAUACUUGUUGAUUACCAAGCUCAACUCUUACCAAUUAUUUUCCUUCACUUUUUUCCACACUGAACCAUCAGUGUGAUUUAACCAUCAGAUUAGGGCUGGUUAAUGUAAAGGGCCUCUGUCGUUACAACUUUGCACACCUCCUCUGCUUCAUCAAGGGCACAGGACAGUGGGGGGCGGGGAUCCUCCAAAGCCACCUAGCCUUUAGGAAGGCCAAUAGGCAUAGAUAUCAGAUUGAGAGCUGAGCUGACACAUAUUUGCUGAGAGGACACGGGGGCCUGUAGCUAAUCCUGAAGGAUGCUCAGAAAAAGAAGGAAACCAAUAUGUUGAAGAAAACAAAGGAGGUGGUGCCUGAAGUUUGCCUAUCUCUCCUCUCUCUUCUCUUUCCCACCACACCACCAUGUCCUGUCUAUCAGAAUUACAUUUCAUCUCAUAUAUUGUAUGUGACCAGAAGAAUUAUUUGAUUCCUUGGUUUCUCUCUUUAUCAGUGGGCUGGGAACUCCUCCAAAAUUAAAACCAGAUACCAUCAGCAGCUCCCCUGCGGCCUCCCAGUUUCUCGAAUGCUGUCCACCUGGUCUUAACCAGUCAACUAAGAUAACUUGGGAGCUUUGGCUGGCUCAACCAUCUGUUCUCCUUAUUUUCAUUGUGUUUCCAUUUCCAUUUGAAUUUUGAGUGAUGCUACGCAAAGGUGGAAAUCUUGGGAAAGACUUGGAGGCUGCAUUUCUAGGGCAUAGCUUGUUAGGAGUUUGUAUUAUCCAAAAUAUACCUUUCUAUACCCGUUUUCAGUUUAAUCUGUUGCCCUGAUUUUAAUUUCUAUUAUAUUUGUGAUUAUUUUUAUAAGAAUAGAAUCCAUUUGCUAUGUCUAUUUGAGUCCUUUUUUUCUAUUUUCCCCACAUGGAUGCAGUACCAACCUGUCAAUGAAAUAUCUUUUUAUUAUAUUAUGAAUAUGUAAUUCUACUGUAGACCAAAAAUAUAAAAACAAAUUUGUUCAUUUUAAAGAUAUAAAAAACUAGUGAGUAAAAGAUUAAGAGUUGAAGGAAAAGACAGAAGAGCAGUGGUUAACUAUGUUGAGUUAGAAAUCUAAGAGUAGCCUUACCUAUUUUUUAACCAGUGCUUGUCAAUCAUACCAUCGUUGGGAUUAUGUUGUCUUGGCUCCUUCAUGCUUAUGUUCUAUAAUUCUUGUUUGUCUGUUUGUUUUUCUCUAAUGUCAUUGAGGUUGCACAUCAUGCUAUUUUUGGCAAUGCCUGAUUUUUAUUAUAUUGUACUUUUAUCAGUCAUUUCCUUUAGAAGGAUGGGGGGAAACGUUUUAUUUCUUCUUUUAAUUUAAAAUUUGUUUAAUGCACUGGAAAUAAAAUUGGACACAUUUCACUGUUUAAAAAUUCAGAAACAAAACAAAACAAAAACCACAAAGAAAAAACCAGCAACCAAACAAGCCACAGGAAAAAAAAGCUACAAAAAAAAUCUAUAUUGUACUGAAUAUACGUGCAAAAUACAUCCCACAUGAAAGAGAAAUACCAUUAAAUAAGAAAAAUAUAUUAUUUCAGCUACAAUGCUGAAACCAUAAAAGAAACCUGGGUUCCAUGGGGAUGGGGAAAAUAGGGCAUUCCUUUGAGAUCUGAGAUCUUGUCGUUGUUCCAAUUCAUGCCCAAACAGCUUCAACGUGGGAGAGGCUGCUAUGGAGAAAAUAACCCCAGCCUUCCUCAUCCCACUGGAGCUCUCCAUUACCUUUCAUUCAAUGCUUGAGCUCCAUUUUGAAGGAAAAAAAAAUGACGUGCUAUGGUUGAGAAAGUGGCUUGUACAGAGGUAUGUGCACAGUACACACAUGGACAUGGUUUAGUCCUCUGCCCGUGUGCCACCUCACGUGUUUCUCUUCUCCGUGAGGAGUGGCAGCGGAUUGACCUGCAAAAUGGGAGACUGAAAAUGACUUAUUGGAACAUCAGCUAAUGCUAAAGAUCCUCUGGACUCCAACCUGGUCUCCCUUCUUCAGCAUUCCUGGAUACCAAGAGAGCCAGUUAACCCACACAAAUGCACAGUGCAAAGAAAGACAGAGAUUUUUCCUAGCCAACUGGCUGUAUCAUUUGUUCAGUGUUUGCUGGGUUUUUCUGGGUUUGUUUUGUUUUAGAAUUGGGGUGGGAGUGGCUGUAACUUCACAAUCUAAUACAGUAAUUGUUUUGCAUCUUCCAUGUUUUAUGCAAAAACAGACAUUUAAAUCAAUCAAUAAUUGUGCCCUAGACUGAAAGCUAAUGUUUAGGAGAGGAAAAAAAUUGUUGGAAUUUUUUCUACAUUUUUUUGUGAAGAACCUUUUUUGGAAAGGAAGGAUACAUAUUUUUGUUGUGUAAUAUUUUCUAUUUUUGAAUGCAUUUUAUUGGUACAAGACUGUUUUUUUGGUGAAGACAUUAUUUAAAAAAAAAAAGAAAAAAACUAAUCGAAAAGUUUGCCCUUAAGGAUAUGCUGCAGUUUUGAGGUUAAAAAAAAUAACUGAUUCAAGAUGCGUGUUAAAAGUUGGGAUUAUAUUGUUGUUUUUUUUGUAAUUGUUACAAGAAGAAGUUUGUACCCACUGCUGUUUAUUUUGUUUCAGAUGAGUAAGUAAAGGGAUUGUUCUUGUUUUAUUCUUUUUUUAGAGAAAAAAAGCUAUUUAUGAAAUGUCAAAAACACUGGACUGUGAGUUUAAGUGUGGAAGCAUUUUACCACCCUGUGUCUUCAACCAAUUAUGGGAAACCCCUUUUCUCUUCCCCCCGCCUUAGCCUUGCCAAAUGAGACAAAUAUAACAGCUGUCAGAUGAUCGAAGCCACUGAAGCCCUGCUUUAAUUUUUAUGGUUUGAAAAAGUUGGAAAACCAAAGUUCAAUUUGUUUCUGAAAUCCCACUGUCCGUAGCCCUUUUUUGUAUUACGCAGCCAGUUGACUCUGCCUCUCUAUCUUGGAUCAUUGCCUUCUUAAGGACUGGGGCCAACUGUGAUGCAAAGAGAGGCACGAAGGUGGCGAGCCUGGGAGUUGAGGUCUCAUGGAGUAAGAUGUGAGUGGGACUUCAACCUCUCAGUGAGCAACCGUGCUCCUACCCUGCGGGCCAGGCUCCAGAGAGAACUCACAGCUAGGCUGCCUGAGGAGAAGCCUCCCUCCCAUCCCCUCCACCCUGGGCCUCUAAGCCCCUCCUGUUACCAUGGCGCUCCAGAAUGGCUUUGCCUUCCUCAGCAGCCAACAUUCCAUGGAUGGGGUGGGGGGAGGAGGGAGCCAGUGGAAAGAAAUGGCUGUGAGUGCUGGGAAGGCACCCCCAGCCUAGGGAGGGGAGGGCAAGUGACCAUCUAGCACAAGGGACCUUGCCCGCCUGGUCUUUGAUUCUGUGGAUUGUCCAUCUAUCUGCUCACUGUGAAGAUGGAGAGGCAGAGGGAACCCAGGCUGUUAAAUAGCUUUUCCAUAUUUUUUCAAAAUUGAAAAAAUAAUUUUUGAAAACUGUGCUUUUUUAAGAAAAAUCAUCUGGCUGGGGGGAAGGGAAAAGGGAAACACCAAAAGCUGUAACAUGAUUAACUGGAGAUAUUUAACUGGGGGCACUUUCUAGACCAAGUCAAACCAAUUCCGUUCUGGACCCUAAAGCAGCCAAAUCUUGAGACUGUCGAUGACAGAAAGCUGAAGAGAGGCCUCCACUUCCUCCUUUCUCUUUUCUUCUCUCUGUCUAAAAAUUCUCUCUUGUUCUCUUUCCCAACUUCCCUUGGACCACUGCCCCAAUGGCCCUUGGACUCCCAUUUCAUGUGUGUGCACACACACGCACACACACACACACACACACAUACACACUUGCAAAAUACCAUUUUUCUUAAGGAUUGUGGGACCGAAUAAAAUCAUGUGCCUUCAUUUUUUUCCUUUUAUAGUUAGAUGAACCUCUUCCUUUUUACAAUGUUUCAAAAAAAAAAAAAGAAACAGGGGAGGUUGAAUUGUUAGCGGAGGAGGACCUGGGCAUCGUUUGAGAAGUAAUUUUUGUUUAGCACAUUCCCCCUAACCAUUAAAUGCAAACGUUUCAACCCCUUCACGAUGCUCUCUGGACAUUUAGAGCAUCGAGUAACCAGAUUCAUGACAGCCUAAACCCAUUUGAUUUAGAGCAAUUCCUGAAAAUUCAAUUUCAUGCACUUCUUUGAUUUUUAUCAAAAAUGAGGUGAACAAUGGCAAGCAGCUUUGUUCUCCCGAUUUGGUGCUUUUGCAUGUGGUGUGGGGUGGGCGUGGGGGUGGGGGGAUGGGGUGUGUUUAGACAAAGGGUGCAUUCCUAGAGAUCUCUGGUGCUGAAGGGCCUCGAGUUCCUUUCAGAGACUGCAUUUGACACAUUUUAAGUAUCCACAAAUGAAUGGUAUCACAUGCAAUAUUUAAAUGGAGCAAUGGGAGAGGCUCUUUGAAACGGGGUUUUGCAUCUUUUUGUAACAUUUUCAUUUCUCUGGUGCCUUAUUCCUACUCGUUGCUGGCACUCACAUACCCACAGGGAACUGACAUGGAAGUCAGCCUCGGGAGUGGGAACACGUGGGCGAUGCUUGAGCUGCGGGAGCGUGGGGAGGUUGGUGUCAGUUGGUGGGGAGGGGACUAGAUGGCAUCUCUUAGCUGAAGCCAAGCAGGAACUGCACAAAUCCAUGCAAAAGUGAACAAUUCCAACCUGUAAACACACCGCAAACUCAUCCUUCCUCAUCUGAGCUUUCCUUCCUUCUUCCUCUUCUAUCUCUGCCUUCUCGUAAAGGUGCUGCUGCUGCUGCUGCUAAGGUGCCCGGAGUCCAGAAUGCCCAGUAAUCACUCAGGCACGAGCCUGGCACUGCCACGUCAGCCCCUGGCACGACCAAACCCAGGUUUCUCUUGCUUGGGGCUGAGAACCGUCAGAUUUUUCUCAUCAAAAAUGUUUUCCAAGGAAUCAGUGGAUUACCGUUAUUCUGCAUUGAAAAUGCACUUUAAAAAGUAAAUCAAAGCUCCAGACUGUUUAAAAUGUACAGAGGGAGCAGGGGAAAGAUAAACAUGUGCUAGUGUCUGAACCCAGUUCAGUUUAUCUCCAGUUGAAACAAUAUACACUAUAUUAUGUAUAAAUGUAUACACACUUCCUAUAUAUAUCCAUAUAUAUAGUGUAUAUAUUAUACAUGUAUAGGGUGUAUAUGUGCAUAUAUACACACAUGCACAUAAUGAAAUCAGAUGCUCAUUACAAAUCCAGAUGCUCAUUACAAAACCAGAUGCUCAUUACAAAACCAGAUACUACACAAACAGCAGCAGAGGAAACAAGGUUGGACUCUUGCAACAGAUCACAAAAAAUAAAAACAGCCACUUGCAGUGACUUUGGUCAUUUCUGUAUGUUCACAAGGAAUGGAUUGUAACAAAGAAAAAAAGGAACAGUGUUAGUGAAAGAGGAAAAAUGGGCGAAACCAUCUUGAUCCAAUGGGAAUGCAGUAAUGUUCUCUACCAUUUCAUCUAUUUCUUUUAGUCAUGUUGAUUUGAUUUCAGUUUUUGGCUAUUAAAAAAUUUUUUAACUCAAGUGACCCACAACAAACUGAAUAAAACAACUACGGUGAAAGCCCUUUCCAAUGGAAGAUGUCAGAAAUCUCAAAACCCUUGGCCUGGCUCAGAACUACCGUGUGCAAAUCAGUACUCUCUUAAUGUUUGAAAUAAAAACUGAAAAAAAAAAAAAACUUUUUUGAAGCACCUUAAUGUGGCCAUCCAUUCAAGGAGUGGGUGCCACUUUUUUCUUUGAGCACCUUAUUGAUGUGUUUUGCUAUCUGCUGUCUUUCUGUUACCUGUUGGCUGAAUGGCUAGCUGUUAACAUACGCACGUGCACAGACCUGACGUCUGGGCAUGUGUGUUCUCAAUGAAGUUUACUGUGGUGACUGCUGAAAGGUGAACCCAUUUCCUGAUUUUCCCGCCACAGUGUUGUGAUAAGAUUCAAAGAAACCCGAUUCCCUGCACAGAAAUGUUUCUUAUCACAUUGUAUCUUAGUAUGGAAAGGAAUAUGGUCCCUUUUUUGCAAUUGCUACUGUACACACACACACACACACACGUGCACAAACAGAUUCAUUCGUCCAAGUGGUAUUUUCAAUGUCUGUGUGGGUGUCACUGUUUAUGCAGUUUCUAUUUCCCAAUAAAUUUUGAAGGGAGGGCAACUUUUCUAACCAGAUUGUCUUUUCAGACUGAAGACCUGGGAAUUGGGGAAGAUUUUGGAAAAAGGGAGAGGCAAGGAAAGAGAGAGCUUUAUAUUGAAAGAAUAAUUCAAUUCUGUCUUCAAUUCCCAAGAGGAACCUGAGCUUAAUGACCACAGAGGCUGUACCCUCCAAUCUUUGCAGGUGGGCAUGGAACACUGCUUGUAUCCAUCUGUGUACCGUACAAACCCAUGUAGACACAUCACACACAUCCAUCCAUCAAUAUAUACGUGGUUUGGGAUGAGCAGGUCAAUAGUUUUGAGAGGGAGUUUGUUCCUUUUUUUUUUUUUCUCAUUAUACUCUUAAAUCGUUGUCAGUUAUCAAACAAACAAAAAAAUUGUUUUGAAAAACCUUGCAUACGCCUUUUCUAUCAAGUGCUUUAAAAUAUAGACUAAAUACACACAUCCUGCCAGUUUUUUCUUACAGUGACAGUAUCCUUACCUGCCAUUUAAUAUUAGCCUCGUAUUUUUCUCACGUAUAUUUACCUGUGACUUGUAUUUGUUAUUUAAACAGGAAAAAAAACAUUCAAAAAAAGAAAAAUUAACUGUAGCGCUUCAUUAUACUAUUAUAUUAUUAUUAUUAUUGUGACAUUUUGGAAUACUGUGAAGUUUUAUCUCUUGCAUAUACUUUAUACGGAAGUAUUACGCCUUAAAAAUACGAAAAUAAAUUUUACAAGGUUUCUGUUUUGUGUGGAAGAGUAAUUGAUGUUGCUAAGAAUGAUGUUUGUUUUUUGGGGUUUUUGUUGUUUUUUUUUAAAUGUUACCAGCACUUUUUUUGUAAGUUUCACUUUCCGAGGUAUUGUACAAGUUCACACUGUUUGUGAAGUUUGAAUAUGAAGGAAUAAUUAAAAAAAAAAAAACUCUU